CGCUGCUUUAAUCUUAGGCCCCACCUUGAUCAUCUUCGUCACUACUGUUUCAACUUUGCCCUAAAACAAACAUGAGUUGUGUAACUAUGAUAAUUGGCUCAAAAUAUUGUCAUAUCUCACUCUAUCAAUCUAAAAAUAACUCUUCAACAGCGCUCUGCAACAGCCAUGGAUGUUGAGAAUAGUGGGCCCUCCUAUGGAUGCCACGUUGGACCACAAGAUAGGAUGAUAAUGAACCGGAUAAUGUUAAGAUUCCGGCCGAUUGCACCGAAACCGGUCGCCGACGGUUCAGGUCCGGGUUCUAAACCGGAGAAUGAAAAGGCAGAACCGGUUAGCAGACGAAGAGGGAAGAGAAAGUACGUUAGAGUUAAGAAAAAUAGGAAGUGUAAGAAUAGUGCAGAGAAAGAAGAAAGAAAAGAUGGAUCUGAUAAUAAUGGAUCUAUUGUAACCCUUCAGUUACUUCCGGAGAGUAGCAGCAGUGUUACAAACCCGACAGAUAACGUUUCUUUUCAAAAAGAAAUCUCUUUCUCUGAGCUAGAUCAACCCCAAUGGAUGAGUUUUCAUGAAUAUGAUAAUAAUGGUAUAUCCGCCUUCAGUUCAACGGAUCGGUUAGAUCUGAAGGUGACAACGCAGACACCAAGAAUGGUAGAGUCUUGGGUGAUGGUGGAUAGAAUAACAAACAUAUUUGUGGAUAGUGAAGGCUUAGGAAGUACGGACAUGGAGAAAAUGAAGAAUCUGGAGACGGACACGUAUCCAGGGCUCGUGUCGGAUAGCUCAGAUAGGGUGCGGUGGGUGAAUCCGGCGUACCGGAGAAUGGUGAAUCCUCUAGAAGACGGAGGAGUGACGGCGGAGAUGGUGGUGAAGAUGGUUGUGAAGGAGAAAAUAAGAGAGGAAGAAUUACCUGCAGCUUUUGCAUGCAUUGUGAGGUUAGUGUAUACAUGGAAGAAUAAGAAAAACUCACGAACAAUGCCUUGUGAUGUGUGGAAAAUGGAGUUUGGAGGGUUUGCAUGGAGGUUUGAUUCUAAUGCUGCACUUAGCUUGGGUCGUUAAAGGAACUAAACCCCUUCACCAAGCAAGAAAGAAUACUACUCACAAGCCAACGCGCAGGUAACCUUAUAGGGCUCGUUUGCUGCGAGGGAUUAAUCCCGAGAUUAAAUUUGAGAUGAGUUUAUUCUUUCUUUAGUUGGAAUAAAAUCGUGGUAUAACUAAUUCCGGAAUUAGUUAUCCCAAGAUUGUAGCGUUUUUUUAUCCAUAUGGGAGAGUGGAAUAACUAGUUCCAGAAUAACUAAUUCCGGAAUAAUUAAUCAUAGGAUGACUUGUUUUCCAAUCAAACGACCCCAUAUAAUAAUAGUAAUACUACUUUUCCCUUCUCAUUAGGUGUCGGUACUUAGUUUGGGAUUCCAACUAAUUCAGAUUGGUCCCACAGAUAAGAGGGGUUGUUCUGAUGGUAAGCAACCUCCACUUCCAACCAAGAGGUUGUGAGUUCGAGUCUACCCAAGAGCAAGGUGGGAAG